AGACUCAAGCAAGUAAGUGGUUGUCUCUCUCUCUCAGCACCUUGAUUCCUCCCCUUCCUCUUCGCCUUCCUCGCCCUCUUCAGAGUAUUUCUAGGGUUUGUGUAUUGUUCGUGUUCUUACACUUGUUUUAGAACAGUUUACCCGUUGUUUUCAUUUUCUCGUUAGGGUUUAAUGUUGCUCAUCUUUGGUUUCAAAAUCUAAGUUGCAGGAUUCUGCCUUCUGUUAUGAAUUGCAAUUUAGCUGAUUAGUUUUGCUGUGAUGCUUGGAGUUUUUGUUUGUGAAGGGCAAAUCCUCUGCAUCACAUUUGAUUUCUGGUCCUGCGUGUUUUGGAGGAUUAUCUGAUGCUUGUUGUUUGCAGGGCUUGCAUGGUGGGUGAAGAUUUAGAGUGACUGACAAGGCACCACAUGUCCAUCUUUUCUAAAUUUGUUGUAUUAUCAAAUUGAACAUGAAGAAGAAAAGUUCCCCUUUUGGAUAUCUGUUCUUCUAAUUUUUUGUGUUCCAAGUUACCCAUGGAGUGCAACAAAGAGGAGGCCAUCAGGGCCAAGGAAAUUGCAGAGAAGAAGAUGCAAAGCAGCGAUUUCGUAGGAGCUCGGAAGAUUGGACUGAAGGCCCAACAACUUUUCCCUGAACUUGAGAACCUCUCCCAGCUGUUAACAGUCUGUGAUGUUCACUGCUCAGCUCAAAACAAAGUAGGUGGUUCUGAAAUGGACUGGUAUGGAAUCCUUCAAGUUGAGCGAAUGGCUGAUGAAUCAACCAUCAAGAAGCAAUACCGAAAACUUGCCCUUCUCCUGCAUCCUGAUAAAAACAAAUUUGUUGGUGCAGAAGCAGCUUUUAAGUUGAUUGGAGAGGCAAAUAGAGUGCUUUGUGACCAGGCAAAACGAUCGAUGUAUGACAUGAAGAUUAGAGUCCCUGUGAGAAAUUCUGCUCCAAGGGCCCCACCCCAUCAAGUAAAUAGGAACUCUUAUGUUAGAAAACAAUAUGGGGCUCCAGAUGUUACUAAUACUCAGUUUAUGGGUUCACAUGUGCAUCAGCAGGCACAAACAAUGUUCUCCAAUGACCGGCAAACAUUUUGGACGUCCUGCCCCUUUUGCGAUAUAAGAUACCAGUAUUACAGAGAUAUUGUGAAUAAGUCUCUGCGUUGUCAAAGCUGCUCAAAGCCCUUUGUUGCAUAUGAUUUGGGUGCUCAAGGCAUGCCAGGAUCCAGCUGGAGUCAGCCUGCAUUCAGUCAUCAGAAACAGGUUCCUUCCCAGGGGCCCUUUAAUGUGAGCUCACAAAAUAACUGGGGGAAGCCUAUGUCUGGUAUGGGAGUUCAGCAAAGCUAUGGCAGUAAAAGUGGAGGUUCAGAACCCUUCUUAAAAACAGGAAGGACUGCUGAUGUUGGUGGGGCUUCUAAAUGCAAAAGUAGAGAAGGUGAUCGUGUUGAUGUGAGAGAUGGGAAGGAAGGCGUUAGUGUGCCUAAGUCUGGUGCUGCGAAGCCUGGGGAAUCAGGGGCUUCAAAAACUUCAAGAAAUACAGGCAGUAAGAGAGGGAGGAAGGUGGUCGUGGAAUCCAGUGAAAGUUUUGAGACCGAAAGUAGUGUGGAGGCUGAAGAUGAUAUUAUUCAAGAAAAUGGUGGUGAUGCUACUGUGCAGAAUUCUGGCCUUAAAGAAGGGGGACAUCCCAGGAGAUCUUCUCGACAGAAGCGGUUUGUUUAUUACAAUGAAAAUGCAAGUGAUGAUGAUGACUUUGUGUUUGUGAGCCGUCCAAAAAGGUCGAAACAGAGUGGAUUGUCAAUGCCCGGUGAAGAGGAAGUAAAACAAGAUCCUUUAGAUGACGAAUUAUCUAAACAUAAUCAUUCAACUGGUUUUUCUGCUGUCGCUGAUGAAGGUAAGGAAGAGUUUAAAGAGAAAGGAAGCAAUCCUCUUGGACAAAGCUUGCCAAACAGGGAAAGCAAAGCUACAGAAUGCAAGGUGAAUGGAGAAGCAGCAAUGGAUUACGAUGAUGAAGAUUCCAAUGUUGAUGAUAAUUCUGAAUCACAACCUGGGUUUUAUCAAUCUCCUGAUCCAGAAUUCAGUGAUUUUGAUAAGUGUAAGGCAGAUGGUUGUUUUGCUGUUGAUCAGUUAUGGGCUAUUUAUGAUACAGUAGAUGGCAUGCCAAGAUUCUAUGCACGAGUAAGGAGAGUUUUUUCACCUGGAUUCAAGCUACGGAUUACUUGGCUAGAGCCUAAGCCGGAUGGCCAAGAUGAGAUUGAUUGGGUCAACAAGGAUUUGCCUGUUGGUUGUUGUGAAUAUGGCCAUGGGAAAUCCCUUAUAACAACUGAUCGUCUAAUGUUCUCUCACCAAGUUCAAAGUGGAAAAAGCAGUGGCAGAUGUUCUUAUGUGAUAUAUCCUAGAAAGGGGGAAACGUGGGCCCUCUUUAAGAACUGGGAUAUUAGAUGGAGCUCCAUUCCUGAACACCAUGGGAAUUUCAAAUUUGAAAUAGUUGAGGUUCUUUCAGAUUUUAAUGACAAUGAUGGCAUUGUAGUUGCUUACUUGGACAAAAUUAAAGGUUUUGUGAGUCUGUUUCAGAAAACAAGACGAGAAGGGAUUGUGUCAUUUAAGAUACCCUCGAAAGAGCGCUUUCGAUUUUCCCAUCAAAUUCCUUCAGUUAGAAUGACUGGCGCAGAAAGAGGUGGUGUUCCAGUAGGAUCUUUAGAACUUGAUCCUGCUGCUUUACCUGCUGAUUUGAAUGAGUUUGAACUUGAUCGUGAUGUGAAGAUGGAGAGCAAAGUCUUGGAUUCCAAGCUCAGUGGCUCGUGUUCCAAAUCACAUGAAAAUGAAGCAAAACAAAGGAUGUGUUCUGAGAGUAUUAAAACUUCACACAAGAGCGUGGACUUACAAGAGAAGAAUGAUCUUGGAGGAGAAAAUUUAAAACUUAGAAGGUCUCCUAGGGAUUUUAAUGGCAAUACUCCGAAGAAGAGCAUGAACUCACAAGAGAAGAUUAAUUUUGACUUGGAUGAUUCAAAACCUGAAGCAUCUGAGAGGGAACGAAACGACGGAAUAUCAAAGAAGAGCAUGGAUUUACAAGAAAAGAAUGAUUUUGCAAGAGAGGCCUCUAAACUUAGAAGAUCUCCAAGGGACUUGAACAAAAGUCACAAUAAAGACGGUCAAGCAAGUGUCGGUUGUUGUAGAGCCCAAGCUGUAACUAAUGAUUGUGUAGAUGGUGCCACAGAGAGACGGCAUUUAAACUGCGGUCAGCGUGAAGGAAAUGCUUCUUGUCGUGCUUCAUGUCGUAUAGAUGAGAAGAUUCAUGUGUGUGUCAGUGAUCCCAACAGUUUCACAAAGAAGCCUGGUGUUCCAUUAUCGUUGUUUUCUGGCUUCAACAUUCCAGAAGCAGGGUUUCAUGAUUUUAGUGUGGAUAAAUCUAAGGAGAAAUUUCAGCCUGGUCAAGUGUGGGCACUAUACAGUGUGAAGGAUGGGUUACCCAAGAACUAUGGUCAAAUUAGAGGGAUUGAAUCAGCUCCUGUUUUUAGAUUGCAUGUGGCACUACUUGAACCCUGCUUACUUUCAAGAGACAUGAUUCUGCCUGUUUGUUGUGGAGUUUUCAAAUCUAAAUCCAGUAAGCUAGAAACUUUUUUACCUGCUGAUUUUUCACACAGGUUAAAAGCAGAACCGAUUAGUAAGACAAAAUUUGAAAUCUAUCCAAGAAAAGAUGAGAUUUGGGCAUUAUAUAAGAAUUGGAGUACUGAAUCUACAUGUUCUAAUGUGGAGGAUUGCAAAUAUGAAAUAGUUGUAGUUCUUGAUGAAGAUGGCCAUAACACAAAAGUUUUGUCUUUGGUACGUCAAAAUGGGUUCAGGUCAGUUUUUAAGGCUCCAAGAAGACAAAGAUCAACCUAUAUGAUGGAGAUACCUCGGAUUGAGUUAUUUAGGUUCUCACAUCAGAUUCCUGCUUUUGCAUUGACGGAGAAGGAUGGCUGUAGCUGUUGGGAACUUGAUCCUGCAUCAAUUCCAGGUACCUUAUCUUCUUUAAAUUGAAGUGGCAGGAUGUUAAGAGCUACAUUAUCAGCUUAUUCACCUGAGUGUAACCAGGAGUUCCUGCUCAGAAUGCCCGACAUAAAAAAUCUAAUGAAUUAAGGAUAAACCAACUAAAUAUGAUUUCUAUUUUGUAAGCAUCUGGACUUGUUUGGAUUCAGAUUUAGUCUGGGGAAAAAUGUGGCUUAAGCACCUUAGUUUCCAGUUAUCUUGGUCAGGGAAUUUAUAUGGGAAUUUUCCUGUCUGGCAUUUUGGUCAACACAUGCAUUGUGAAAUCCUGUUUAGCACGGUGAAGCUAAAAGUAAUUUUUUCUUUUUCUGUAGUUAAUUGUAUCUUACUUUUUGGUUGCCA